AUGAAAUAUUCCAUUGCUGCAAUACAGAUCGUAAUUGUUGCUCUCAUUGUAUUUGAAGCACAAUCACAGCGGCCAGAGUUUCGCAACGAUUAUCGAUUUGAGAAAGCGUUCAAUGCCUUCUAUAAAGUGCACUUUGUGCCCGAGCCCUGGGCGAAGGCCCGGAUAAGAUGCGAGGCCGAGGGCACGGAGCUCAUGGUGCCAGAGAACUUGGAUGAAGCCGAUGCACUCCCGGUACUCAUCAUGGGUAUAUUAGAUAAAUUCCUAGGAGUCUACGUCGGUAUGCAUGAUUUAUAUGCAGAAAGAGUUUUUGUAACAAUUAACGGUAACGUAAUGUUACACUCUAUUCUCAACCUACUAUGGGAGCAGAAAGAACCCGAGUUCAAAGGUGGGCGUUGCGUGGCCAUGCGGCGCUCCGGUCGUUUGUUCGUGCACCCCUGCGAGAUGCCUUUACCAUUUGUAUGCAAAGUUAGUGCUCAGAGAAUCGUGCCGAAGCCAGAAUGCAACAGUUAUAAUUUAAAUUGGACGAAAGGUCCCAACGAGACUUGCUAUAUGGCCCACAUCGAGCCUCAGAAUUGGUUCGAUGCGUACUCGACCUGCCUUGCUGGCGGCGGAAACUUGGUGGUCCUCAAUGAUCGCGAGGAGGCCGAGUACAUCAAGCAACUCUUCAAGGAGAUCGGCGAGAGGCGGAUGCCAAACAACGACAUCGCCUUCCUUGGCUUCAGUGACCUCUUCCAGCAGCAUCACUAUAGAACUGUGCACGGCGAACGCGUUCAAGACACUGGCUACUCAGACUGGGAUCUCAAGUGCAGUUCUAAUAAUGCUUCGGGAAGAGUAAAAGAGCAGCGCUGUGGCAGCGUCCGACGCAGCGGGCUCCUCACUGUCAGCGACUGUAACACUCCUGCCAUGUUCUUCUGCGAGAAACGAGCUAAUCACCCAAGUAGGCUAGCACGAGCAGUUAGUAAACAUCCAUAA